CCGGUCAGUCCGGGUGCACAUAUCAAACCAACUACAAAGUGACGCAAAUUUCCCGCCCUCGCUUCUGCCAGAAUCCUGUGUGACGGGAAAGUCAACAAAGAGUUUAUAUUUUUAUCUCUCCUGGCUCCUGUGACGGCUGAACUAUGCCUUCCACUCAUGACUGGAUUAACGAACCUCUGGGUGUUGUGGAGGGGAUGUUCGCUGCUUCCCAGAACGGUCAGAGCUCAGGAUGGGAGGCGAAGGCGGUGGAGUUCUUCAAAGAGCAGCUGAAGGAGAAAGAAGCUCAGACUCUGGUCCCAUCUCUGAACGACGUCCCUCUGCACUACCUGAAGCCCAACAGCCUGGUGAAGUUUCGCUGUUUACUCCAAGACAUGUUUGAUCCGGAGUUCUACAUGGGAGUGUACGAGACUGUUGAUCCGACCACAAAGGCCAAAAUGCUGCGUUGUGGCAAAUAUAAAGACGUGACAGAAUAUGGGGUGGACUUAAACUCAAGAAGCACAGUGACUGCAGAGAGACAAACAUUCUACUGUGUGCCCAUCCCUGGAGAAAAUCAGUGGGCCAAGGACGGGUAUGCCCAGACGACGAGUAACCAAGGGAGAGUGGUCGCCUCCACGUCGUACGUGCCGAGCAGACAGAAGAGGAGCUACGAGGAAGAUGAAGAAAUGGAAGUUCAGCCACAGAAGCAGAAGGAAACACAUGCAGGUUCUCAGAGCACAGCAGACCAGUACGGCAAUGGCGACUGUAAGCGUCAGGAGACAGAAGCUCCCUCCGGCCAGGCAGCAUCCUCCUCCCACCUCGACCUCAACUUCCCCCUCCCGGAGGAGAAAGGCCCCUCCUGCUUAGUCAAGGUGUACGAGGACUGGGACAGCUUCAAACUGAACGACACCCUGGAGGUCUACGGGAUCCUGUCGGUCAGUCCUGCUCUCAGUGCUCUGGCGGAUGAAAAGGAUGCCUUCCUGGACCCCACUGAGUGCAUGGAGACGGCGGAGGAGCAGAGGGUCCACAGCCCACCAGCUUCGCUCGUCCCUCGUCUUCACAUGCUCUACGGCAAGCGGCUGGCCCACAACAACCCCCUGCUGCCGUACGCCACCCUGGAGGAAAACGGCGUCUUUUUCUCGUCGACUCUGGGGGAGAUGGCCGCCAUCAGGGCGGAGUUGCUCUCAUACUUCACUCACGUCCUCCUGGGAGACGCUCUGGCCGCCGAGUAUCUCCUGCUGCAUCUCAUUUCUACCGUGUACACCAGGCGAGACGUUCUGCCGCUGGGCAAGUUCACCGUGAACCUGAGUGGCUGUCCUACCGUCUCCUCCUACACCGAGCGCCUCUAUCAGAUCAUCCAGCAGCUCGUGCCUUCUUCGUACUACCUGGGCAUGAGCCUCCAGAACAUGAACCAGAUGCAGCUGGUGCCUAAGAAGGACUACGGGGCGAACCGGCUUGUGAGUGGAGCUCUGCAGCUGGCUAAAAACACUUCCCUCUUUCUGGAUGAAACUCAGCUGGAGCAGGGACAGCUGGACACCACUGGUGUGCGUAAUGUGACGGCCCUGGGGAACCUGAUCUCGUGGCAGAAGGUUGAUUAUGACUUUAACUACCACCAGAUGGAAUUCCCCUGCAAUAUUAACGUGCUCAUCGCGUCAGAGGCCCGCUCGCUGCUGCCGUCUGACUGCCACAUACAUCUGCAGCCUCAGGUGGCUCCAUCCCACAUGGAGGAAUAUCUCAGCAGCAUCCACAUUCAUCCGCAGGUCUCAUCACAGCUGAACAAGUUCCGAAUCUUUCUGGGCGUGGCUCGCCUCCUCGACUACAGCAUUUCAGAGGAAGUGACAAAGGCGGUUGAAGACGACUUCGUUGAUAUGAGGAAGGAUGACCCUCAGAGCAUAUCUGCUGACGACCUCCACAGGAUGCUGGUUGUGUCGAGGCUGCUCUCGCUGAGCCUGGGACAGACCUCUCUGUCCAGAGACAGCUGGCUCAGGGCUAAGAACAUCGAGAUGCUGCGGAGAAGCCGGAUGGAGCAGCACAAGAGCGUCAACGGCAACGAGCCGUGAUCCGAGCCAUGUUUACUUGUUUAUAUGUUUGUAAUAAAGAGGUUUUUCAUGUGCCCUUCGGUUAAGAUGUUUUUCUAUACAAAGCUGCAUGUAAAAUGUAGAUGUGCAUUCUCAUUUUGGACUAAAGAUGUAAAAGACUGUAUGCUCAACAACACUGAUGUCAUUCUGCUCUGAUUGAGCCUAUUUUUGAAGUUCUUCCUUCUGGUUUUUGACAGUAAUGCUGCAGACCAAAAUUAAACUUUAUAUUCCACGUUUUCUUAAAA